GAGAGAUUCAUCCCCUUUUGCCAGACACAAAAAUCUCAACCAAACACGGCCUUGAGGGGCCAUUAAUGUAAUUCAUUGAGUGAGUCCUUCCUCUCUACAAUGUAGUUACAUAUAUAUAUAUAUAAAAGCACUCUCACUCUCACUCUCACUCUAACACAGACCCACAAAUAUAGAUAUAUAUAUAUAUAUUGUGAAAAUGGUGGAGAAGUAUGUAUGGAAUAGGAAUUGGUGGAGAUGUAGUAGUAGUGUUUGGUUAAGGGUAAUUAUGGUAAUUUGGGUAGUAAUGUGGAGUGAGAAAAUUGAGAGAGUGAGGGGAGGAGGAGGAGGAAAUGAGGUGAAGAUUAGUGGGAAUGUUUCAGAAGCAGAAGAUGCAGCAAACUUCAGAAUAUACUAUGGCCAGACCUUUAAAGUCAUCAAGAAUGGCUUUGAUGGCAAGAGUUAUCUUCUCAUUCAGAACAAUUCAAAGAUGGCAACGAAAACAAAAUAUUGCACUUCAAGGAUAAAGUCAUUCGUCAUUCCAUUAUCCAAUUAUUCCAUUGACGCCGACUAUUUUCCAGUUUCCUUCUUCGAGCUUCUAGGACUCUUAGGAAGUUUAAAGGGUGUGACGACGGAUUAUGUGGCAUCUCAAUGCGUGUUGAAGCUAUACAACGACGGCCAGCUUCAGCUUAUGAACAAAAGCGAGCCGCAGCAGCUGACUAAAUUUGCAGCGCACUUUAUCGCCAACACGGAUCAGCAACAAUGGUGCAACUUCGCCACAUUUCUCCCGGCCGGGGAGGAGACUGCUCUACAGAGAGCUGAAUGGAUCAAGUACCUUGGGGUUUUUGCAAAUAUGGAAACACGAGCAAAUCAAGUCUAUGAUACGAUCAAGCAGAAUUAUAUGUGCUUAAGCAAAUAUGCAGCUAGCAAGAAAGCAUUAUUCAAGCCGAUCGUUGCUUGGAUGGCGUUCAAAGAUGGAGUGUGGUCGUUCACGAAAGAGACAUACAAGCUAAAGUAUGUUGAGGAUUCGGGCGGGGAAAACAUCGAUGACUCCAUCAGCAAAAUCACAUAUAACAUUUCGAUACCAGAUGACUUGGAAGCAUUUCAUGCCAUUUUAUGUACUUUGGACGUUGUAAUUGAUGAGACAUAUGUGCCCGACCCUUCGGCGUACAAUGCCUCCUCGUUUCUUCAAAACUUGAGCGUCGAGGAUCAAUCUUGCUUUGGUUUCAUGGCGAACCAAAGCCUAUGGAGAUUCGACAAAAGGAUUCAAAAUUCAGUGAUUCUUGAUUGGUAUGAUGGAGCAAUCUCUCAGCCUCAUCUUGUUCUUGCUGAUCUCAUUGAAGCUUUGUUUCCUUCCGGAAACUACACCACAAUGUAUUUUAGAAAUAUCGCCAAGGAGGAAGGGGUUUUGAAUCUUGGUGCAGAUAUGUGCGAUAGAGACAGCUCCAUUCCGAUGAACCCUGUAAUUGUUGCUUGCUGAACUUCUUCCAUCACAGUUUUUCAAAUUUCUUUGAUCUGAUACACUCCUAUAAACUUUAAUAUGAUUUGAUUGUAUGUUAACGAAUUCAUUUAAUUUGUACGAGACGAAGAAAGUGUGAUUGUUUGUGGGUUUUGGUUUUGAAUUUAAUUUGGAUUUUGAAUAAUAAAAUUUUAAAUAAAAUACUUG